AUGGAAGACACAGAUGAAGAUUUCGAAGAGAAAAUGUUUCGAAGACUUAGAAAAGCUUUGAGCAAUUUUUUCAGACCCCGCAGAAGGGAAAAUAAAAGCAGGAAGAACGAUCCACCUGUUCAACUUCCUGAAAUUCCUGAGGUUUUACUGACGGAAGAACCUGUGAAACUUCCAGAAUAUCCAGUGCAUGCAGCUACUCCUGCAGUAGAAGUUGAAAACAUUGUGUCAUCACAGGAGCACAAGGAUGUAAAGAGGAAUUCAUUAGAGAGUGUUGCACUCAAAUCUACUAGUGAUUCCAUCAGCAGCUGUGAAACUGCUCUUAUCAACCCUCAUGGAACCCACCAUGAGAAGGAACAACAGGGUGUAGAAAAGGAAACACCAAAGAGUGAGGAAUUAGUAAGUGAAGGAGAAGAGGUAAAGGAACAACAGGGUGUAGAAAAGGAAACACCAGAGAGUGAGGAAUUAGUUAGUGAAGGAGAAGAGGUAAAGGAACAACAAGGUGUAGAAAAGGAAACACCAGAGAGUAAGGAAUUAGUUAGUGAAGGAGAAGAGGUAAAGGAACAACAGGGUGUAGAAAAGGAAACACCAGAGAGUGAGGAAUUAGUUAGUGAAGGAGAAAAGGUAAAUGAACAACAGGGUGUAGAAAACGAAACACCAGAGAGUGAGAAAUUAGUGAGUAAAGGAGAAGAGAAAAAAGAAAAAAAGGGUGUAGAAAAGGAAACACCAGGGAGUGAGGAAUUAGUGAGUGAAGGAGAAGAGGUAAAGGAACAACAGGGUGUAGAAAAGGAAACACCAGAGAGUGAGGAAUUAGUGAGUGAAGAGGUAAAGGUACAACAGGGUGUAGAAAAAGAAACACCAGAGAGUAAGGAAUUAGUUAGUGAAGGAGAAGAGGUAAAGGAACAACAGGGUGUAGAAAAGGAAACACCAGAGAGUGAAGAAUUAGUUAGUGAAGUAGAAGAGAAAAAAGAACAACAGGGUGUAGAAAAGGAAACACCAGAGAGUGAGGAAUUAGUUAGUGAAGGAGAAGAGAUAAAGGAACAACAGGGUGUAGAAAAGGAAACACCAGAGAGUGAGGAAUUAGUGAGUGAAGGAGAAGAGGUAAAAGAACAACAGGGUGUAGAAAAGGAAGCACCAGACAGUGAGGAAUUAGUGAGUGAAGAGGUAAAGGUACAACAACGUGUAGAAAAAGAAACACCAGAGAGUAAGGAAUUAGUUAGUGAAGGAGAAGUGGUAAAGGAACAACAGGGUGUAGAAAAGGAAACACCAGAGAGUGAGGAAUUAGUUAGUGAAGGAGAAGAGAAAAAAGAACAACAGGGUGUAGAAAGGGAAACACCAGAGAGUAAGGAAUUAGUGAGUGAAGGAGAAGAGGUAAAGGAACAACAGGGUGUAGAAAAGGAAACACCAGAGAGUGAGGAAUUAGUUAGUGAAGGAGAAAAGGUAAAUGAACAACAGGGUGUAGAAAAGGAAACACCAGAGAGUGAGGAAUUAGUUAGUGAAGGAGAAGAGAUAAAGGAACAACAGGGUGUAGAAAAGGAAACACCAGAGAGUGAGGAAUUAGUGAGUGAAGGAGAAGAGGUAAAAGAACAACAGGGUGUAGAAAAGGAAGCACCAGACAGUGAGGAAUUAGUGAGUGAAGAGGUAAAGGUACAACAACGUGUAGAAAAAGAAACACCAGAGAGUAAGGAAUUAGUUAGUGAAGGAGAAGUGGUAAAGGAACAACAGGGUGUAGAAAAGGAAACACCAGAGAGUGAGGAAUUAGUUAGUGAAGGAGAAGAGAAAAAAGAACAACAGGGUGUAGAAAAGGAAACACCAGAGAGUGAAGAAUUAGUUAGUGAAGGAGAAGAGAUAAAGGAACAACAGGGUGUAGAAAAGGAAACACCAGAGAGUGAGGAAUUAGUUAGUGAAGGAGAAGUGAAAAAAGAACAACAGUGCGUAGAAAAGGAAACACCAGAGAGUGAGGAAUUUGUGAGAAAAGGAGAAGAUCAAAAGGAAGAAGAGGGAGAAGAAAAUAAACCACACGAGAGUAAGGAAUUAGUAAAUGAUGAAGGAGGUAGAAAGGAAGAAGAGAGCGUUAAAAUAGAAAUUGAAACACCCAAGAGUGCGGAAUUAGUGUUCCAGCAACAGGAGAAGACUAAAGUGUCCAGAACAUCCAUCGAGGACUAUGACCUGCAGAAGUUACUUGGUGAAGGCGGCUUUGGAAAAGUAUACCUUGCCAAGCACAAAUCUUCUAAGGAAAAGGUUGCCAUCAAGGCAUUAAAGAAGGAAGGCUUACAAACAACUAAGCAUGUUAUGAGGCUAAAACUAGAGAAGACCAUCCUUGAAGAGGCUAAAAGAGAGAAGAACCCUUUCCUUGUUGGCCUAUAUGCCUCAUUUCAGACCAAACACCACUAUUGCUUGGCAAUGGACUACUGUGCCGGUGGUGAAUUAGCCACCUAUAUGAAACCCCGAGCCUUUCCAAAGGAGACAGCAGUAUUUUACGCCGGCUGUGUUGUUCUAGGCCUACAGUUUCUGCACGAAAGACACAUUAUUCACCGAGAUAUAAAGCCAAAUAAUAUCUUGCUGGACCGUGAUGGCUACGCCAGGCUCGCUGAUUUUGGCAUCUCCAAGAAAACUAUGGGAUUCGAUGGCAGAACCCGCAGUGAUAUAGGAACCUGUUACUACAUGGCCCCUGAAAUCGUCCGUUUCCAUGGCUACAGGAAAUCUGUGGACUGGUGGGCACUAGGGGUGGUGAUUUAUCAAAUGCUUCUCCACAAGAUGCCAUUUGAUGGACAUAAUAUAGAUCAGAUUUUAAUGAGCAUUAUAAGCAAGGAGCCAAAAUACCCCAAAGAACUGGAUGAAGAUGCCAUUAGUCUUAUACAAAAAGUAAGUGUCAGCAGUUUGUAUACUGGGGCUGUUAGUCUUUGUGUUAUUGGAUAUGUAAAUGUCAUUAGUAUAUAA